GCGCGGAGAGGCGGCAGACACCAUGGGGCUCCUCGCGCUGUUUCUGGUGCUCGGGUGCUUUUACAGGUACGAAGGUGCAGAGGACGCCGCGGCAGGCCCUCUCUUGGAGCUCUCUUUGGGGAAAUUUAAGAAUGUGUUGCUGAACGAAACCAUUCCAGCUGAAGCAGUGUUGAGGAAUAUUGACAGCAAUGUGACUGUCAUUAUCUUUCAGAUCCACACCCACCACAAGAAUGUGACUAUUUCCUUUGAUAAGAAACCUUCCAGCAACAACUCUGGGGCCGGGACAGACAAAGGCCUGGUUUCUGUCCUUCGGCCUCUGCAGACAGUGUGUACGUGGUACUUGCAAGCUGUGGGUGCUGACCAGGUGUUGAGCACAGCUGUUUCUUUCUCUUAUGCUGAAAGAGAUCCAAUCCCUGGAGGCUGCAACAUGGAAUUUAACUUGGAAAUUGACCCCAAUAUUUAUUUAGAUUAUAACUUGGCUGAGACACACAUUAAAUUUGCCCCAGCAAAUCUAGGAUAUGUGAGAGGUACAAACCCACCAUUGUGUGAUUUGGGCAGUAGCUCUAGGUGGCGACUAUCUUAUGAAGUCUAUCAGUAUUUCUUGCCAGAGAAUGACUUGUCUGAAGCAUCGUUUGUGAGCCACAUGAGAAAGAUGUCUGAAGUGCAAAGCAUCAGAAGGCAUGGCACUAAAAUGAUGACCUUAGUGAACCAAGACAAAACUGACUUGUACUUCUCCUCGCUUCCUGGACAAGGAGUGAUCUAUAAUGUCAUAGUAAAGGAUCCACUGUGGAAUACCUCUGCUGCCUAUGUGCCUGCUCAUACGUACAUGUGUAGCCUUUCUGGCUCGGUGGAUAACUGUUCCUCUCUUAAGAGACUCUCCACCAAAAUAUUUUUCACUGUGCUUGCUGUCCUUGGCCUCUUCAUCUGUUUUCAUGGACACAGAUUCUGGAAAACAGAUUUAUUCUUCAUGGGCUUCAUCUUUACGGCAUUCUUUUUCUUCAUAACCAUUUCGAGAACAUCUGCUCUCAGUUAUGAUGUCAACCUUGGUCUUACUGCAGUCGCUGGAGUUCUUGGAGGUCUCCUCUUGGUCGCUUACUGGUGGCGAUUUGGCUUUGUGGUCCUCUGCAUGUUGAUUGUGGGGCUUGUGCUGGGCUUCCUUGUCGCCUCUACAGUUUUCUUCACUCCAAUAGGAGACUAUAAAGUUUUCCAAGAUGAUGCAGUAUUCUGGGUGACCUUCUCUUGCAUUGCCUUGAUAGUCCCAAUACUUUUUGUUGGAUACCCCAGAGUUCUGAACAUCUUGACAUGUGGCAUUAUAGGGUCCUACACCAUAGUCUUGGCUACAGCGUGUUACUUGUACACAAGUCUCUCUUACAUUAGCAUCGACCUGCUCCGGAGGAUUCUAGAUGAAAACUUCAAAAGAGCUUUCACCAAUGUGCCCUUUCAGCGUAACGACAUCAUACUCUUGGCGGUCUGGGCAAUGCUGGCCAUUGGAGGAAUAACGAUACAGCUGCGCAGAGAGAAACGCGAAGCCCCUUUUCCACCACAUCCCUACCUGAUAUGGAGGCGUGAAAGAGAGCGCAGGAUAACUAACAUCCUAGAUCCAAGUCACCACGUCCCUCCCUUGAAAGAAAGAAUUCAUAGCAAGCUAUCUCAGAUCAAGGACUUUUUCCAAAAAGAGCAGCCAGCAGGGGAGAGAACACCACUGCUCUUGUAAACUGUCAUGCAGCUGGGAAGACUUGGGAAAUGCAGGCAGAGAUUUUUCUGGAGCCAGCAGACACCCAGUGGUGCUGAGAACUUCCUCUGUCACCUUGCCUUGCUAAGCAGAAAUAAGAAUGAACUGGAAGAAGAUCAACACUAGUUUACUUAUAGUAGUCCUGCUUGAUUGUUUGCUGUGGCACACAGGCACUUGCAUCUGUGGUAGUUCGCCACAAGGAUGGAGUAUACGUAUGUGCAAUGUGUGAAAAUAUGGGGAUGGGUGGGUAAGAUGGGGAGAGAAUGUAAUGGACAGGUGUGCAACUUCAAAAUCCUGAGAGAUGGAAAAUGGACACUUCAAGCACACACAUGGUUCUCUUCAAGCACAGUACACCCUUUUAACAAGUGCCACAUUGUGAACAAUCAUUUCUGCUGUACAGACUAUGGCAGGAAGGGGGGGGGGAAGAAUAAUUGGAGACUGACUGCAUAUGGAAAAACAGCCUCUUGCUGACUGUGGCACUAUUCAUUCUAAACUUGCACUGUUGCUGCUAGCCAAUACCUUUUAAGAUGUCAAGCUGUACUAAAAUAUUUUUUGAUCCUUUAA